CUGGGUGUGAUAUUUAAGUUCUCUGUGUGCACUAGAGCUUUAGUCCUGGUAAUAUAAAAGAAAAAAAUGUCAAGAUUCUUGGACAUGACAAACAGCUGUAAGAAUUAUGCUGCAUUUGGCUAUGUGGAGUGUGGUCCUUGCUUUGGAAAGAAAAAAAAAGCUAUCAAGUCUUGUCUGGUGUGUUUGGAUUCCUACUGUCCUACUCAUUUUGAGCUCCACGAGAAACUACACUCAGGGCAGCACCAUAAAGUAAUGAACGCCGCAGGGUUUCUCCAGGACCAGAUCUGCUCCAGGCACGACAAGCCGCUAGAGGUUUUCUGCUGCUUGGAUCAGCAGUGCAUCUGUCUUACGUGUACAAUGGAUGAUCACAAGGGACAUAGAAUUGUGUCUGCUUCAGAAGAAAGAACAGAGAAACAGAAUCAGCUGGGUGAAGCAAAGAUGAAAUCACAGCAGAGGAUCAUGGAAAGGAAAAGGGAGCUUGGGGAACUGCUGAAAGCUGUGGAGUCUCACAAGCAGUCUGCACAAGUGGUGCUGGAGAAGAAUGACAAGACCUUCACUGAGAUUAUUUGCUUUAUUGAGAAAAAACGAGCUGAGAUCCACGACGUAAUUCGAGCUCAGGAGAACAUUGCAGUAAAGCGAGCUGAAAACUUCCUGAAACGGCUAGAAGAGGAAAUCGCUGAGCUUCAGAGGCAAGAUGAAGAGCUGCAGGAGCUCUCUCUAACAGAAGAUCACAUUCACUUUCUGCAGCGUUAUGCGAUUCUCACUGCCACAGUUGGGUCUCCUGAUUUGCCCACCAUCUCUGUUAGCUCCGCACACUCCUUUGAGGAAGUAGCAAAGUCUGUAACUGAACUGAAGAAGCAUUUGGAAGAUUUUUGUGAAGACUGCAUGGAGAAAAUUAAAAACAGAGUGAGGCAAAUUCAAAUCAUUACACCCAUGACGAGAGAUGAGGUCCUGCAGUAUUAUUGCGAGUUAACUGUGGAUCCCAACACAGCAUACAGGCGCCUCAGCCUAUCCGACAACAACCGAGUAGUGUCCAACUAUGACCAGGACCUGCCUUACCCAGAUCAUCCGGAGAGAUUCGACUGGCCCCAAGUGUUGUGUGAGCAGCCUGUUUGUGGACGUUUUUAUUGGGAAGUGGAGUGGAGUGGUGUAAAUGGUGUUAACGUUGCUGUCUCAUAUAAAAGCAUCCGCCGGAAGGGUGGCCACAACGACUGCUGGUUUGGUUGCAGUGAUCAGUCGUGGAGGCUGUACUGCUCACCAUUUAGAUAUGCCUUUAGACAUCACGGCAAAGAAACGUACAUCCCCAAAUUGAACAACUCCACCAGGAUCGGCAUCUUUGUUGAUUACGAUGCUGGGACACUGUCCUUCUACAGCAUAGCUGAAAAAAUGAUUCCUCUCUACAAAGUGCAUUGUGAGUUCACAGAGCCUUUGUAUCCAGGAUUUACUGUGUGGCCAGGAUCCAAAUUGACACUAUGUUGUCCUAAACAUGACGAUGUAACAUAGAUUUUCAAGGCCAGAUAACAGUUAUAUAAUAAAUAAGAGUUUUUUCGGGGUUCUUUGUUAUGAAAAAUUAAACAACUUUUUCUCUUUCACCUCUCCUAACAUGCAUAGUUACACAUUUGGAUACAUUCUUGUGCUUAUGGCCUUACACAAUCCCAAUCAUGUAUCAGUCAUCUGUCAUUCCCUUUCUUCUUUUAACAUUGCUCACAUCAAUCUUUUUGAGCUAUUUGCAUGUAUCGCUUGUUACUAUGGUCAGAGAUGCAGGUGAAACUGCCCUCUAAAGCUGGUGAUAGUCUUAUAAAUUAAUAAGUUAUUCAAUUGGCUGUUAAUUAACUUGAUUAACUAGGGCACCUUUUCAAUUAUCCCAAGGGUCUCACAAUUAGACGUGUCUGUGUAAAACUAGAGGAUAUGUGGAGGAAGAGAUGAGGGAGUGUUCAUUCUCAGUCCUAUGUCCCACAGUCCCACUUUCAGUGGUGGAGUGUGUUGCUCUUAUAAUACAAUACUCAUAUAAGUGAGUUAAGAAUUAGUACAUUUCUAAAUUUUUCUUUUAUAUACUGUAUGGUCUGGAGAGUGUUUUUUCCCCCAUUUUCCCAUAUUAAGGCCAAGUGAGGUUAUCCUAAGCAUAUCUUGCUCUCAAUGCUGCAUCAUGGCUUGACACUAUGGACUGACGUUUAUACGCCCACGCAAGUUAAGGGCCUGUGAGAGUGUUUCCAAAAUGUCUGACUAGUAGCACAUUAACAUCAGGCACAGCCAGAACAUAUGAAGGUGAUCAACUGGAGAUUGUUUGCAUCUGUUUAGCCAGUUUAGCAUUAGUGAAGUGAACUCUGUGAAGCACUUUACAUAGUAUUAAAGCAUGUCUAGCACAGAUAGAUGAAGUAUGGAUUAAACUAAGAAUGUUCUUCCACUGGUCUUCAGAUAUGUUAAUCCGCAAGUUUUGCUCUCAGGUUUGAUUUAAAGAGUCAGCUGAGGAUGUGGUUAGAAAGAUUAUUUGGCAUAUGAGGAAAAAACUUUUGAAUAACGUUUCUCACUUGAAAGAAACGAAGCAGAUGGCUGUUAGGAAGGUUAAAUUUAACUGAUAAAAAGAGAAGGAGGAGAAGAUUUGUUUUAAAUACAAGUCAUUCAGAGCAGACACACCACUGAUUUACCCAGAUGUUGAAGACACGAGCUGAGAGGGAUGGGGAAAUAAGUGAUUUGAAAUUGCCAUGUAAAUUGAGGCGCGGGGGCACGGUGGCUUAGUGGAUAGCACGUUCGCCUCACACCUCCAGGGUCGGGGUUCGAUUCCCGCCUCCGCCUUGUGUGGAGUUUGCAUGUUCUCCCCGUGCCUCGGGGGUUUCCUCCGGGUACUCCGGUUUCCUCCCCCGGUCCAAAGACAUGCAUGGUAGGUUGAUUGGCAUCUCUGGAAAAUUGUCCGUAGUGUGUGAUUGCGUGAGUGAAUGAGAGUGUGUGUGCCCUGCGAUGGGUUGGCGCUUCGUCCAGGGUGUAUCCUGCCUUGAUGCCCGAUGAUGCCUGAGAUAGGCACAGGCUCCCCGUGACCCGAGGUAGUUCGGAUAAGCGGUAGAAAAUGAAUGAAUGUAAAUUGAGGCUUUGUGCAAACCGAAUUGUUUCCUGAAUUGGAGCCAAAUCUAAGUAGUGUUUAUAAAUAGUAGAUUGUUUGAAAUUUUGUGUACUUCAAUGGGAAGCUGAGAACAAAUAAUAGAAAGUAAGGAACAGGAAAAAAGACAUCUCUAUGUGUAACCAAGGUGGGCUAGAGGUACAACAUCUGAGGCCAACCCAGUAAAGUAAUUUGGUAAUGUUACAGGCCCAGAAGAAACAUUGAAUAUUUGGUAGUGCUAAACCCCCUUCAGAUUUGGGAAGCUGCAGGACUGAUUUUCUUAUAUGAGCUGGUUUGUUACUCCCAUGGAACAUAUUCAAUUGUUGGUCUAAAUUAGCAAAAUAGGAUUUUAUUAAUGCAGACAGGGACAUGUUGAAAAUGAUACAAGAAUUUUGGCAGGAUUACCAUCUUAAUAAGAUUCACACGACCCAUUAAAGAUAGGGAAAGGGAGCUCCGUCUGGCAAAAUCGAACUUACAUUUAUCUAAAAGUGGUAUAAAAUUCUUAAAAAACAAAUCCUUAAACAAGUUUUUUAUAAAUAUGCAUAGAUAUUUGAACCCAUUCAAUGCUACCUUAAAGGGGAAUGAGGAGAGAGGAACAGAUUUAGCCAUUUGAUUUAUGAAAACUAACUCGCUUUUUUGAAAGUUUAUCUUGUAUCCUGAUAGGCUGCCAAACUGGUCCAAAAUGUGUAAAAUAGGGGAAGAGAGGCUAUAGGGUCAGAGACGUAUAAUAUGAGAUUUUUCGCAUGAAGAGAAUGUUUAUGGUGGACAAUUCCUUUAAAUGCAUCUUGACUACGGAGCCAGAUGGCCAAAAGUUCAAUAGCUGUUAAAUAGCAAGGGCGAAAGUGGGCACCCUUGACGUGUCUCCCGUUGAAGCGAAAUGGGUGGCGAACGAACACCGUUAGUAUGUAGUGUGGCACUUGGGGAAACAUAGAGGAGUCGAAUCCAAGAAAUGAUCUUGUUCAGGGUCAAACCUGAAUUUACCCAGAACAAAUAACAGGUGUUCCCACUCCACCCUAUCAAACACUUUCUCAGCAUCCAAUUAAGCUACAACUUCAGAGGUAGUAAGUGAGGAGAGAAAAUAAUGUUGAUCUUCUAGUGUUAAAGAAAGAGUACAUCAAUGUAAAUCCUGUUUAAUCCAGAGAGAUUAAAGAUGGUAUGACAUUUUGGAGGCGAAGAGAGAGAAUUAUAACUAGAAUCUUACAAUCUACAUUUAACAGUGAGAUUAGUCAAUAGUUACCACAAUACGUGGUAGAUAUGGAUGCCAUGUACAGAGUUGCCGGCAGUUGUCCUUUUUGGAAGGAAUCAUUAUACAUCCUCACCAGGAUAGGAACUAAUAAGUUCCUGACCCCUUGUAGCCAAUGAAAUUUGCGUUUGUUAACAGAAGCUUCAGACACUGAUUCUGCAAGGCCGUUCCCAUACCAUCAAGCUAUGAUGCUGCAUCGUGUUUACCUCUCAGGAAACCAGAUUACAUACUGUAUGUAACCUGAAACAUUUUACCUGACUAACAGAUGAAACAGUACCUUGUUUUAUGUACUUCUUUGCUGUAUUUCUAGAGGGUUGCCCUUGGAAUAUUGCUGGGGUGGUAGAUCCUUGUAUUGCUGAUUCCUGCUAUUCAUAAGUUUGGCUACAGAAGGAAAGGAAGGAUAAUGCAGGAUGCAUGCUUGAGUGUACACAAAUAGAUAGCAUGCCUCACCAUUUAUAGAAUAAUAGAUAGAAUGCAUCAUCCUUUGUCUAAACCCAAGUUUGGAGAUCAUGGACGAAUAAAAUGAAUGAAAUAGAAUGUCCUGCCAUUAGAAGUGGCUCCACUAAAAUCAAUGAAAUUAGAACAGAAAUUGGGGUCAAAUCUGGUAAAUUUGAUAACUAGAGCUUUGUUUCUGGGUUUUAAUUGUAUAACCUAUUUUUUCUAGCAACUUCUAUAUGAUGAUAAUCUUCAUGUCUCAAAAGCACAUGAUGUAUAUCCUGUGUCAUUCGCUGCAGAGAGGGGAACAUGGAGGCAACGCGUUAAGUUGUUUUCUCAUGAUCACAAUAUAACAAAACUUGUUUUCUCAUGAUUGCUAUUUAAUUUUUCUGCAUAUUCAGCAUAAGAAUAGAGGCAGCAAAAGAUAAGAGGCAGUAAAAUCACAGUAAAUUGAUUGAACAGGGACUCACUCAACCUCAAAUAGUUCUAUAUCUGUCACUGAUUAACAAUUUCUACAUAAGUGUCUGACACUUGAAAAGGAGGCACAUAUAUUAUGAAAUACAAGGCAUGAGAUUUUCUCAUGAUUCAAUUACAUUGUAAGAAAACUGUGUUUUUGUUAUAACAGCAGUACAAGAAAUUUAAGUAAUAUUCACAUGAAAACAAGAAAGGAAAAAAUAUAAUAAUGCAUGCAUGGCUGCUUAGGACUUCUGUAGAUUGGAACUAAACUAAUAACACAACGUUCUUGAGUAUUUGAUGAAUCAUUUAAACCCUUUUCAUUAGUGGAACAGUAACAACCUUCUGCCAAGAAUUUUCUGUAUCUGCUGAUAUGAUUUUCACAAUGUGGAGGAAUUUUAGACCUUUAGCUCCUACAGAUCUAGGAAGUCAUGCCAUUAAAAAACAAAACUUGAUUUUAAAUGUUA